AUGGCCUCGCAGCUCGCGUGGGUCUCCACCGAGUCCUUUGGCUGGAAGCUGUACCUUCAGGCGUUCUCCUGGGCCAUCUUCCGGCUAGAACUGUCCCUCCAUGGGCUCCGCCAGUACCUACUGUACUCGAAGAUCGAGCCGCCCCCUGCUCUAGCGGAACACUUCAAACCCGAGACGUUCAAGAAGUCGCAGGAGUACGGCAAAGACAAGGCCAAGUUUUCUCUCAUUUCCGGUCUCCUCAAGCAGGUCGUCGACUCGGUCUUCAUCCAACUCAACCUCGUUGCAUGGUGCUGGACUGCGAGCGGAUGGGUCGUAAACAAGCUAGGGUAUGGGCCGGAGUACGAGAUCUCGCAGUCGAUAGCGUUCGCGUUCGCGCUCUCCUUCAUCUCGAGCCUGCUCUCCCUCCCGUUCUCGCUCUACCAGACCUUCGUCCUCGAGGAGAAGCACGGCUUCAACAAGACCGCGCCGUCUCUCUUUGACACCGACCCACUCAAGAGCUGGCUUGUCGGCUUCGCCAUCGGCGCAUACUUCCUCGCCGUCUUCCUCUCCCUCUUCAAGUGGGCGGGCGACCGCUUUGUUCCGUGGCUCAUGGCGUUCCUGUUCGUGUUCCAGAUGUCGAUGCUCGUCCUCUACCCGACCGUCAUCCACCCGCUCUUCAACAAGCUCUCCCCCCUCGCCGGGGGCGACGUCCGCGGGCGCAUCGAGGCCCUGGCGUCGAAGCUCAAGUUCCCGCUCGAGCACCUGUACGAGAUCGCCGGUUCGAAUCCGGAGCGGAGCUCGCACAGCAGCGCGUACUUCUUCGGCCUUCCCUGGAGCAAGCACAUCGUCAUCUCCGACACGCUCGCCAAGCAUAGCAAGGCGGAGGAGGUCGAGGCCGUCCUCGCACACGAGCUCGGGCACUGGUACCACGCCCACCCGACGAAGCUCCUCCUCCUCUCGCUGGCGCACGUCUUCACCGUCCUCGCGCUCUUCCCCGCCUUCCUCCACGCCCCGCCGCUCCUCGCCGCGUUCGGCUUCCCCGCCGCCGUCGCCGCGCGCCCGCCGAUCGUCGUCGCCUCGCGCCUCUACCGGAUGCUGCUCACGCCGACGGAGGCCGUCCUCAGGAUCGCGGUCAACGCGCUCAGCCGCAGGUUCGAGUACGAGGCCGACCGGUUCGCGUGCGAGCUCCAGACGACGCUCGCGGGCGAGGCCAAGACGGCGGACGUGGGCGACUGCCUCGGGCGCGCGCUCGUCGCGCUUGACGUCGAGGAUCUGUGUACCACCGUCUGGGUCGACUGGCUAUAUUCGGCGUACCACCACCCGCACCCGACGCUGAUGGAGCGGCUGCGCGCGCUCGACGGGUACAAGAGCGCUGCGGCCGCCGCGUACACCGCUGCGCAGGAAAAGGCGGUUUGA